AGUACGAAACGAGACUUUCAGAAUAGAGGCAAGACAACAACGUGCAGAUUAACUACGUAGAAAGAGAUCGCAAUUCGACAGUAGUUUCGCGAUAUCCUUCAUUGAGUUGUGUUACGCAUAGUCGUAAAUUUUGAAAAUAGAUAUCAUAUGUGUGAAAUUUAAAGAAUCUCGAAAACACAGUUUUUGCAAUAAUUGUAUAAUCAAUUCGACAUUCAGUGAUAAUUGUAAAUCUUGAAAGUGGUGUAUGUGAAAUUUGCAGAAUUCCAUGAUAAGAACUAUCACAGCCAAUUCAAAGACUGUCAAUAAAUGGCUAGUGAAAGCUAAAAUCUCAUGAACCUUGCAAUUUCGAUUUAAUUUAAUCUUUAUUUGAUUAGGAGAGACAAGCUCGUUGGUCGAAUAAAUCUUCUGUCGAAUCGUCUCGACCCUACUGCAACUUACUCCGCAUCGAGAAUCGCGUGACUCGAGACGACCUCGGUGGAGAAAUGUCAAUCAGGGGUGUGACCACUUCGGAGAACGAGGCGUUCCUUGGUUCCUUGCGUCUACCAAAUUUUCUGAUCGAUCCGGAUGAAUAUUACGAAGGAAGCGAGAGCCCAGUCUUCGGCAUCGAAGGUGGCGGAACCGGCACUGGGGGUAGCAAUAGCUUAAGACUUGCAUCCGAGUUACCAAACGAGAUUUCGGCACCCUACGAAGUGCCGCAAUUUCCGAUCGAGCAAAUUGAGAAGAAGCUACUGAUUCAACGACAAUUGACCGUCAAAGCUGCAAAAGAUCUUGAGGAACGUCGCAGUCACUACGAGCCAUCGCUUCAUCCAGGCGUUCCCGAUGACAUCGAUCAUAGUUUUAAAAUUGAAGAAAAUGACUUUGUGCCACACUUCCAACGGGUUUCCAUAUCCGGCGAGGACACUUCCGGAGUGCCUCUGGAAGAUCUUCAAAGGGCGUCAAAAAUGCUGGUCCAGGCAUUGGCGAUACGCGAGAAAUAUAUGAUCAAUUCCAAGCAGAGCUUCCCUUCGAUUACAUCUAGAUUUUUACGUAGUGUCGACAAAAAGCCACUCACUACGAACGAUGAGGUCCAUCAUGAUGAUCGGAAGGCCAUCGCAGGGAAAGGGCUGCUGGAUAUCGUGAGUGAAAUCCGGGAAGCUCGGUCUGACGCGGACAUCGACGCGCUGAUCAAAGACGUCUUUUGGACAGAUCAUCCGGUACAUGCGCCCGCGUCUCGGGGCGAUCCAUGGGAGUGCGAAUUUCCACCGACGAAGAAUUACAAGAUUGUACCCGUCAACGGCGUAUUCAAUGUGUUCGCCAACGAUGAGGACCUGGCUAACGGCAAGCCACUCCCGUACUCUUAUCCAGAUCUGGCGACCUUCGUCCAAGACAUGAAUCUGUUGUGCACCAUGAUAGCUGAUGGACCCUUGAAAUCAUUCUGCUACCGAAGACUGAGUUAUCUUUCCUCCAAAUAUCAGUUGCACGUACUGUUGAAUGAACUCAGAGAGCUAGCGAGUCAGAAGGCGGUGCCGCAUAGAGACUUCUACAAUAUUAGAAAGGUUGACACUCACAUACAUGCGGCUUCAUGCAUGAAUCAAAAGCAUCUGCUUAGGUUUAUCAAGAAAACGUUGAAGAACCACGCAGACGAAGUGGUUACUUGUUCCAAGAACGGGGAAACCAUGACACUCCGGGAAGUUUUUCAGUCUAUGAACCUGACGACCUACGAUCUAAGCGUUGAUAUGUUGGAUGUACACGCAGAUAGAAACACAUUUCACAGAUUCGAUAAAUUCAACGCAAAGUACAAUCCAAUCGGUGAGAGCCGUCUGCGUGAAGUUUUUCUAAAAACAGACAAUUAUCUAAACGGCACAUAUUUUGCGAGAAUAAUCAAAGAGGUAGCAAGUGAUCUUGAAGAGUCCAAGUAUCAGAAUGCAGAACUGCGCCUUUCGAUCUACGGUAAAAGUCCAGAGGAAUGGGAUAAGCUGGCUAAAUGGGCAAUUCAGGGUGACGUUUAUUCAGACAACGUGCGUUGGCUCAUACAAAUUCCUAGAUUAUAUGAUAUCUUUAAGCUGAAUAAGCUUAUGACAAACUUCCAAGAGAUCAUCAACAAUAUCUUCCUGCCGCUCUUCGAAGUGACCAAUGAUCCUCAUUCUCAUCCGGAGCUACAUAAAUUCUUACAAUAUGUAAUCGGUUUCGAUUCUGUGGAUGACGAAAGUAAGCCAGAAAAUCCUCUUUUUGACAAAGAUGUUUGUCCACCUGCAGAAUGGGAUGACAUAGAAAAUCCUCCUUACGGAUAUUAUCAGUACUACACUUAUGCGAAUAUGAUAGUUCUCAAUUACUUUAGAGCCGAACAAGGCUUGAAUACAUUCGUCCUGAGACCUCAUUGUGGCGAAGCCGGACCCGUUCAGCAUUUAGUGUGUGGCUAUAUGAUGGCGGAAAAUAUUUCACAUGGUCUGCUGCUCAGAAAAGUUCCCGUGCUCCAAUAUUUGUAUUAUCUGGCGCAAAUCGGUAUUGCAAUGUCGCCGCUCAGUAACAAUUCACUUUUCCUAAACUAUCAUCGUAAUCCGCUUCCGGAAUAUCUCGCUAGAGGACUAUGUAUAAGCUUGUCCACAGACGAUCCUCUUCAAUUUCAUUUUACCAAGGAACCCCUGAUGGAAGAAUAUAGUAUUGCUGCUCAAGUGUGGAAACUUAGUUCAUGCGACAUGUGUGAGUUGGCACGCAAUUCCGUUCUCAUGAGCGGUUUUCCGCACAAAAGCAAACAAUACUGGUUGGGACCUAAUUAUACGAAAGAAGGAGUUGCUGGUAAUGAUAUCACGCGAACCAACGUACCGGAUAUACGGGUAGCUUAUCGGUAUGAGACAUUGGUCGACGAAUUAUCUAAUAUCUUCAAAGUCGUAGAGAAACCCGAAUCCCUUCCAUUUUAAUAAGAUUAUUAUUUGAGGUAUGUCAAAAUGGAUCGAUUAAUUAACACAUGAAGGCAUUCGAUUUAGAGAUUACAAAUUAGAAUUCUUAUAAUUUGUAUUCUCAUACGAUUCUUGAGAUUUUUAGUUCUUCUACAUCGAUCAAAAUAUCUAUAAUUUUGUGAGUUUUCCGACGGAUUAUUUCUUUUAAGGUAUAUAACUUUUCCUUGAUGUAUCAGGAGUAUAUAAUUCAGAAAUUUGAAAUCACUCGAAUUAUACUUUAAAUAAAGUAUAAUUUUAAGUAUAUCUUUCAUUGUGGUCAUACAUAUACUCUACAUUAUGAAAGCAAGCUUAAGAUUGUAAUGUAUGCCACAUGACGUAUAGAAAUACGAAACUAGGGAUUAUAAGGAAAUAAAUGUGAUCUAACCGAUUGUUGUAAUUCGGUAAUAAAUUGUGAAUUCAGUUUUGAAACGAAAAUUUACAUUAAUGGUGAAAUAAUACGUGAAUCACCAUAAUGCAUCUUAUAAUUUUUUUUUAUAGAGAUUUUAAUCAUAAGGAUAAAUCAAUCAGAAAUUAUAUAUACACGUUGACCAAUUUAAUAAUAGUUGUUAGAAGGUAUAUCUUCUAUUGUUUUUGCAAUAUUAAGAAUAUAAUUGCAUAUGUAUUGUAAUAAGCUAGAACCGAAUAUAUGUUCGUUUAUCUUACAAUUAUAUACAAUAUUUUAAUAUUUUAAUAUUUUAAUAUUUUAAUAUUAAUAUUUUCUCGCGACGGAAUAAAUCAGUUUUUCAUAUCUUGGCUGUGCCCGACAACAGCAGUACCCUUUCUUGGAUUUUAGCUUUAUUUUCUUACAUUUUUGUACAUUUGUAUCAUGAAAUCGUAUGACAGUGUUUCGACAAGUAUUCAGACAGCUAGUUCGUACACAGAUAGUUGACUCGUGCCAUUGUAUACAUUCUAUAAUAUUCUCUCUUUUUCAAAUAGUGUAAAUAGGAAUUUAAUUCAAUUAGACAUAUAACAAAGAUUUUUUUCUAUAAAUUAUAUAUUUGCGUGCCAAGUAGCAGUAUAUAUAUAUAUAUAUAUGCUGUCUCCUUUUACUUUAAUUAUUACGUGGCCUUUCUUACUGUUUUUCAGCUAUUUUCUGUGAGAACUUUUCAAACAACGAGCC